AUGGCCGACACGCUGAUCCACCCUGACGUCGACGCCAACGCUGGCACCAUCGAGCUCAAGGACAACACCAUCGUCGUCGUCCUCGGAGCUUCCGGUGACCUCGCCAAGAAGAAGACUUUCCCCGCGCUCUUUGGUCUCUUCCGCAACAACUUCCUCCCCGCCAAUGUCAAGAUCGUCGGAUAUGCGCGGACGAAGAUGGACCGUGAGGAGUACCUCAAGCGCGUCAAGUCGUACAUCAAGACGCCCACCAAGGAGAUGGAGGAGCAGCUGGAGGAGUUCACCAAGUUCUGCAGCUACAUCUCGGGCCAGUACGACCAGGACGAGUCGUUCAUUAACCUGAGGAAGCACCUUGAGGAGCUGGAGAAGGGCAGGAAGGAGACGCACCGCGUCUUCUACAUGGCUCUGCCUCCCAGCGUCUUCAUCACCGUCUCGCAGCACCUGAAGCGCAACUGCUACCCCAAGAACGGCAUUGCCAGAGUUAUCGUGGAGAAGCCCUUCGGUAAGGAUCUCGGGAGCUCUCGUGAGCUCCAGCGCGCUCUGGCCCCCGACUGGAAGGAGGAGGAGCUCUUCCGUAUCGACCACUACCUGGGCAAGGAGAUGGUCAAGAACAUCCUCAUCCUUCGGUUUGGUAACGAGUUCUUCGGCGCUACCUGGAACAGGAACCACAUCGACAACGUUCAGAUCUCUUUCAAGGAGCCCUUCGGUACCGAGGGCCGUGGCGGCUACUUCGACGAGUUCGGCAUCAUCCGCGAUGUCAUGCAGAACCACUUGCUGCAGGUCCUGACGCUGCUGACCAUGGAGCGCCCUAUCUCUUUCUCCGCUGAGGAUAUCCGUGACGAGAAGGUCCGUGUGCUGCGCGCCAUGCCUUCGAUCGAGCCCAAGAACGUCAUCAUUGGCCAGUACGGCAAGUCGCUCGAUGGCAGCAAGCCUGGCUACAAGGAGGACGACACCGUUCCCAAGGAGUCUCGCUGCCCCACUUUCGCUUCGAUGGUCGCCUACAUCAAGAACGAGAGGUGGGAUGGUGUGCCCUUCAUCCUGAAGGCUGGUAAGGCUCUCAACGAGCAGAAGACGGAGGUCCGCAUCCAGUUCAAGGACGUCACCUCGGGUAUCUUCAAGGACAUUCCCCGUAACGAGCUGGUCAUCCGUGUCCAGCCCAACGAGAGUGUUUACAUCAAGAUGAACUCCAAGCUCCCCGGUCUCAGCAUGCAGACGGUUGUUACCGAGCUCGACCUGACCUACCGCCGCCGCUUCUCCGACCUCAAGAUCCCCGAGGCAUACGAGUCGCUGAUCCUCGACGCCCUGAAGGGCGACCACUCCAACUUCGUCCGUGACGAUGAGCUCGACGCAAGCUGGAGGAUCUUCACCCCUCUGCUGCACUACCUGGACGACAACAAGGAGAUCAUCCCCAUGGAGUACCCCUAUGGCUCCCGGGGUCCUGCCGUGCUCGACGACUUCACCUCUUCGUACGGCUACAAGUUCAGCGAUGCUGCUGGCUACCAGUGGCCGCUGACCGGCGACCAGAACAAGCUCUAA